CCUAGAUGAUUUUUGAUGUUUUCUGUUGGUGUUUGUGUUUGUGUUUGUUCAUCACUUCGAACACAGCAACACCAAACACAGAUCCCUUCCGCCAUGGCCGCCACAAACAACAGCAACGACGACUACAAACCAAAGACAAACCCAACACCGGCACCAACGCCGAGCGGCGGUGGCAAGGACGAGCCGGAUGAGCAGCCGACGCAGGCCGAGUCCGACAUGACGGAGGCCAUCGCGAGGGAUCGACCGACCAUCGACGCCGCGGUCAAGAGCUUUGUCAGCCUGGUGUGCGCCCGCUCCAUGGCGGCGUCCGGCAAGAAGAGCAACAGCAACACCAGCAAAACAAAGAAGACGACACCAAGCGAGGCGGCCGCGAGCACAGAAUCGGCAUUGGCAUCCGCAACCGCAACACCGGCGGACAAGGUAAUGAUGGGGAUCAUCCCCGGCCUCGCCGGCGCAUCGAUAUCGCCCCCUGCCACUUCCGGCGACAAGCCGCUCUCGGUGCAGCAGCGGACCCUCAACAUGGCACGGAUCGUCCUCCGAGCCGUCAACGCCCACACGUUUUCCGUCCACGACACGGUGGCCUACUCCAGGGCCGAAAAACCCGGGACCUCCCCUUCCAAAAAGAAGGAACUCCUCGAGCUCAGCGUGGUGGCCCGGCUCUGGAACGCCCUGGUCGAGUCCGAGCAGAAACCCUCCCGCUUUCUGGGGCGGCGGGCCCUCAAGCUGGCCUGGGGGGACCUGGACCUAACGGGGGCCGAAGAGGCCGGGGGCAGCGAAACCGACCGCGAGGCCCUCCGCGGCCUCCUCACCGAGUUUGGGGACCUUCUCUUUCGCCCCCCGAGGCCCCUUCCCUCCCCGGCGGAAGGGGCCGGGAGCGAACAAGACGACGACGCGGCCCUACUGUGGGCCCCCGACGGGGGGGCCGGAGAGCUCGCCCGGAGAAGGCAGAGGCGCCUGGCGGCGGCGGAAGAACGGGGGCCGCGCACGCCCUCGUGAAACAGGGCCGCCGGGGUUGCUUGCUUUGCGCUCUCUCGCGGGAGGGCAUCCGCAACCAGGAAAUUUAAAAAAAAAACACAUUGGCU